AUGACUACUUUAAAGCGAAAGUCUCCCGAGUUUCUGGCUGCAUCUGAUGCUACACCUACAGGUAGACCAGCUAAGAAGCUUCGUCUGACCCAGAGCCAGAAGCAAGCAUUGAUCGAUAACCUGCAACUUGAAAUAACUGAGAGAGCUCGCAAGCUUCGGGCGCAGUACUCUCUACAGCAACAUGACCUUCGAUCCCGACUUGAACGACGCGUCAACCGCAUCCCAAGAUCGCUCCGCAAAGCGAAUAUGGGCGAGCUCUUCGAAAAGCACCAGGCAGCCUUAGCUCAAGCCACUUCACCCACACGAAAAUUCUCACCUACGAAGAUUCAACGGACCGUUCCCACAAUUGGAUCUAUCGACCAGGCUCUUUCUCCAGCUGGGACUCGUACCCGACGACCAAGCCAUGAUAACCUCUACUCCGACAAAGAAAAUGGUGGACCGGAAGGACUCAACAAUCCUAAGCGCCGCGGUAAGGCCGCUGCUGCGGGUGGUGCAUCGCGCGUCGUUUCACAAGAAGUGCGAGGUCACGACCACCGCAUUCUCUCUCCCAAAUCUCUCAACUCCCGCACAUAUCCCCAAUCGCCUUUCCGCGCAUCACCAGAAAAGGGUCAACCGGCUUAUCUUUCACGCCCUACUUCCCCGCUCAAGCCAUCUAGUCCCUUGCGUGCUGCAGGCCCAGCAGGCAUCACCCGACCCCGUGGCGCCACCACAUCUACUGUCAGGGAUCCAUGGCAACAACCCGCACCAGCAAAGAAAACAGGUCGGGCAGCAACGGGACCAAAGACCACGACACGGUCUCCUCUCCCUCGUCCUGCGACUCGCCAGGGCGAGCGCAAGAAUAGCUUCUCUUCUAACGCGUCUUCCGGUACUACUAUAACCAAGACUACGCGUACCGGUACCGCUGGUCGCAAAGCUACUGCUUCAUCCACGGCGAAGAAACCAGUGGGUGCGCCUCGUACGCAGACUGCUUCUUUGGCUGUGAAGAAGACGGCUAGUACGGCGGCUAUGAGGAAGACUACCGCACCAGCUUCUUCGAAUGAGGCUACGACGCGGGGAACUCGGGCGCUGCGAAAGCGUGUAUAA